AUGAACGACCUUGUCAGUCGUAACGAUGCGAGUGCUCUCAACCCCAACAUCCUCAAUGGCCAAGUGGCUCAGAUUGCACAAACAGUUCGUGGAUCGGACUUCUAUUUCGCUAUCUGUGCAGUGAUGGGCACUGUGGCCUUCGGAACACUCGCCGCUGCUUCCAGAAAACCUCGAACUGAUAGGAUUUUCUUCUACAUUACUGCCGCUCUCAAUUUCACCGCAUGUAUCGCCUACUUCACCAUGGGCUCGAACCUUGGCUGGGCACCAAUUGAGGUCGAGUUCCAGCGCAGCGAUCCUAGAGUCUCAGGCCUGUACAGACAAGUCAUGUAUGCUCGGUACGUCGAUUGGGUAGUCACAACACCACUGCUGUUGAUGGAUUUGCUCCUCACUUGCGCCAUGCCAUGGCCGACCAUUAUCUGGAUCAUCUUCAUCGAUGAAGUGAUGAUCAUUACUGGUUUGAUUGGAGCUUUGGUAUCAUCCAGAUACAAGUUUGGCUUUUUCGCUUUUGGCUGUGUCGCAAUGUUUUACAUCUUCUGGGAGCUUGCGAUUACUGGCCGAAAACACGCCAAGGCCCUGGGUGCGGACGUGAAUAAGGUCUAUACUGGUUGCGGUGUCCUGACCUUGUUCAUCUGGCUGCUCUACCCAAUCGCCUGGGGUGUUUCUGAGGGUGGAAACGUUAUCGCACCAGAUUCCGAGGCUGUCUUUUAUGGCGUUCUGGACUUCUGUGCCAAGCCAAUUUUCAGCAUACUUCUUAUCGUUGGUCAUUGGGGUAUUAGUCCGUCUAGACUUGGUCUGUCGAUUCAGGAGUUUGGUCACACAACUCCUGACGCUUCCAAUAACAAGGAGGGUCGAAGCUGGCACGAAGCUACUGGUGCUCAGGGCAACUUCGAUGCUGAAAAGCAAGGUCAUAACGACAGCGGCAGCUCUACUGCCGAUGCAACAGGUGUUAACGCUGCAAACAACACCCAGGUGAAUAACAGAGCAUCCAACGCCUCUACUGCUGUUCCUGCAAAUGCACACAGCGCACACACGACCGGAUUUGCGCCUGCUCAUGAAGGAACCACUGUCGAGGGUCAUCACACUGAUGUGUCAAGGCUGUGA